AUGUCUUCCUUGAUUUACGUCUAUCGGAAGAUAUUGGCCGUGUUGAUUCGAGCAAUCGCGACUCGUGGAAAGCGCAUUCCUGCGACCCCGGAUGGUCUCCUUCAGAUAAAGUCGAGAGAAGCGGGCAGAUCUAUCAAAACACAUGUCUAUCAACCACCAGGAACUGCAGUAUCAUCUCCAGCCCCCGUCUUGGUCAAUUUCCACGGCAGCGGGUUCCUAAUACCGCUCCAUGGGAGCGACGAUGAGUUCUGCCGACAGAUUAGUCGCGAAACAGGCUACACGGUGUUGGAUGUUCAAUAUCGUCUGGCCCCAGAGCAUCCGUUCCCGGCGGCGCUCCACGAUGUAGAAGAUGCGGUGAACUGGGUGCUCCAGCAGCCGGACAAAUUCGACCUAUCCCGAGUGGCGGUCUCGGGGUUCAGCGCUGGAGGCAAUCUCGCUCUCGCGGCUUCCUGUGCAUCAUUUCCUAGAGAAACGUUCCGCUCCGUCCUCGCGUUCUACCCGCCGCUCGACUUGUACACAGACCCGGGGUCCAAAAGCCCACCGGAUCCUGCAGGAAAACCCCUGCCAACGCUCGUGACUCGGUUUUUCAAUAAGUGCUACAUUCCUUCCCCCUUGGAUGCCAGAGAUCCCCGCAUCUCCCCUUGCUUUGCGCACGCCGACCGCUUCCCCAACCGCGUCCUUAUUGUGACAGCAGCAGGCGACAACCUUGCAGUCGAAGCAGAGAAGCUGGCAGCACAGAUAGAGAUGUUGCCUGACCGCCAAGUCGUAUCUCAGAGGAUGCAAGGAUGCAACCACGCCUGGGAUAAAAAAGCUCCACCAGAAACCAUUCAAGGCGACGCAAAGGACAAGGCCUACGCCAUGGCAGUUGCCAUGUUAUUGCGCUAG